AUGCUUGGAAAUAAAAAUAAUUUAACCAAUGAAGGUAAUAAUCUUAUUCAAUAAUAAAAGAGAGAUAUAAAAGCGAUUAAAAAAUACAACAAAAUAUUGUUAUCUUUUAUUUGAUAUCAGUUUUUACAUAUUCACUUGCAAUUGUAAUACUUUCUUAUUCAUAAUAUGUAAAUUUUAAUUCCACCCUCCCCAAAGAAUUUGAAUUAUUAAUUUACAAUUGGGAACAAAAUCCUAUAAAAUAUCUUAAAUUUGCAGAAGAAAAUGAUUUAGCAAAAGUCACUGCUACUUUUUAAAAUUAAAAAAUUCAAAAUUAUUCAAUUGAUAAUGAAAAUGUUUAGUUCACAAUAGAAAAGCUGGAUUCAUUUACAUUUAUAAAUAAUUAUACACUUAGAUCAGAUUGUGACUAUGGCUUUUAAUUAUGUGGAGGAGUUGAACUGAAUUCCAAAUAUUGUAUAAACAUAAAUUAAAUUACUUCAACUUUCUAAUGUCCUUUUAAUGAUUUCUUAACAUAAUAGAACUUUACAAAUGGUUAUUUAAAAAACUACACUGUAAAUCUACAGAAUUUCUCUAAUUAUUUUUAUGAAACAAAAUUAUAAAUAAAAAAGGGAUCUAUCAAUAAAACUAUUAUGUUGUUAUCCUCUGUUUAAUCUAGAUAACCUGUAACCAAUUUAAGAUUUGGAUUUAAUGGAAAGAUAUGUAAAGAUCCAAAUGAAUUUCAGGAAUGUACAGAAACCUUAUUAAAUUAUCAAGAAAUCUAAAAAAUGAAAGCAUUAGAAGUUCUUAAUCUUAAUUCUAUAAGUGAAAUGAAGAAUAUUACAGUUAAUGAUACAAUCGGAUUAUAUGCUGAAAGAUAUAUUGAAUUUCAUAUGGAUUGUAGAUAUACUUUAAUCGAAAGGGUUUUAGAAAGCCCUGAAUAUUAUAAAAGUUUGGGAUACAUAUUGUACAUACAGACACUUUUUACUUUAGUUUAUUGUAUAUUUAUUGGAAUAAUCCUUAAUUUGUUUCAUUUUUUUAUGCUCUCUGAUUUUACAUUUAUUUUAGUUCUACCAAUUUUAAAUCAGAAGCAAAUAAAAAUAAUACGUAGAAUAGUUUACACAAUAAGAAUUGGUUCAUUUUUAUCAUAUGGUACAAUUAUUUGUCUUUUGUAUUUUUAUGAAGCUUAAUUUCAUGAUACUAUUAAUAGAAUUGUAAGAAGUCGUUGUUUAGAAGACAAUUUUUUAUAUAUUAUGGAGAUAACCUUAGAUGAGAUUGAUAAAUUUAGAGAAAAUUAAAUUGCAAUAUUUUGGAUAUUUAUUGUAGGUUUAAUAUUUGAAGUUUUUGCAUGUUUUAUUAUAGUUUACAGAGGAGCCAAUGUUAAGAAAAAGAACUUACUUUAAAAAUGUAAAUUAAUAUAAUAAACUUUAAGAAUAUGAACAUGAAUUAGAAAUUAAGCAUGAUGAAUAAUAAAAUCUAUUUAAAAUUGAUUAAAAAUAAGCAUAAAAUAGAAUUUUGCCUAGAUAAUCUUUUACACCAAAUGAUAAGUAAAUAAUAAGAUAAUCUGUGAUGUCUGAAAGAUCAUCAUCGAGAAGAACCUAAAAUAAUAAUGUGCUAGCUGAUAUAAAUGAAUAGGAUGAGUUUAAAAAUUAGAGGGAAUCAAUUAAACCAGUUUUUCAAUAAAAUUAAUCUCCUCUUAACACUUUGCAAUCACCAAAUAAUUUUUAAGGUUAAAAAAUAUAAUUUAACCCAUGA